AGUGGAUUUUUAUUGCAAUCCUAAAUUCCUGAAGCAUUUGAAAUGCCAGCAAAUUUCACCAAAAUGUUUUAGAAGCACUGCAAGUGGUUCGAGUCUCUGGUUUCACAUGUGAAGCGAAGCGAGUGUGAAUGUGAAUUCCCACAAAGAGCAGCUGUUUACCUUAUUUUACGUUAACAUCUCAUGCAGUAUUAGAAAAAUCACACUCAAUUGCUAGAUAAGUUGCCCUGUGAACAGUCUGUGAUCAAAAGUUCAUCGUUGAAGUGAUAAUUUGAUGGAAAACCACGAUUAAACUUCUUGUCUUAUUUGUAAACAAAAGGGGCUGUCCAGUGAGUGAAAGAGACGAAGCUAAAAACCGGGAAACUGAGCAACAAUGGUCCGGUAUUUACCGAUUGGAGAAAUUGGCGCGUAUUUGACUUUGAAUUUCAUCUUCCUCUCUUACUCAUCGUACCGCGUUUUCACCUACAGUGAUCAAAUCUACAAAGAGAGUGAAGAUUAUGGCUUCAGCGAGGGCUGGAGCAUCUUCGGGAGGCCAAAAGAUGACAUGGACUACGAGUGGCAUAUUUGGCGGAAAUUCCUCAUUGAUCACGCCUUCUUGUACAUCAUUCACCUUCUCUUGAGUCAAAUCGUGAGGAUUUUCACACGAAAACCUUCUCCUUUUUGCUACGCUGCGAUCUCAAUUAUCUUCAUCUUCACGCGAUACGGAAGCGGCGUGACGAUGGUUUUCCUCGGCAGUGCCUUAAUCUUCUACAGCCUCUCACAGAGUGUGUCUAAGAGUGUCUUCUGGAUAGUCAGCGUGGUGUUUCUCAUGCUGCUGAAUGCCUUCAAGACGCUCACAGUCUACAAUUUCAUCACGGAACAGUUGGAAUUUGCAGAGAAUGAAACUUUCGAGAUCUACAUAGCUUUCGCGUGGAAUCUGCUGAGAUGCAUCAGCUUCGGGAUUGACUGCAUUGAGAAUCGUGCAACUGGGCGGGAUAAGGAUGAGUUGUACUCGCUGAAAGCCUUCCUUGGAUAUGUCUUCUACUUUCCCACGCUGCAUCUUGGGCCAACGAUAGUCUAUUCGCGAUUUAAGAGAUCACUAACAGAAGAAUACACCGAACUGGACACAGGGAAGAUUCUUAUCUUCUUCAGGGAUAUUACAAGAACCAUCUUCUGGAUGCUCUUCCUGGAAGCUGCUCAGCACUUCUUCUACGUCAACAAUCUGCAGACGAAUGAGAAGAUCGUGGCGCAGUUGGAUUCCUGGGCUCUGUACGGCUUUGGCUGUCUCAUGGGACAACUCUUCCACAUCAAGUACGUGGUGGAGUACGGAAUCAGCACUGCCUUCGCCCGACUCGAUGGCAUUGAUCCGCCCAGGAAGCCAAAGUGCAUUUACAGAAUUCAUCUGUACUCUGAGAUGUGGAAGAACUUCGAUCACGGACUCUAUGAGUUCCUCUUUCGCUACAUUUAUAGCGAACUCAGUGAAAAAUCCUCCUCGACAGUCAAAAAGCUGAUGGCGAGCUUCGUCACCUUCGUGUUCAUCUACUUCUGGCACGGAUUCUUCUUCUACAUCUCCGUCUGGGCACUGACGAAUUACUGCUGCGUCAUGGUGGAAACCUUCGCACGGCGACUGUCGAAGACGCCUCAGUAUCGCCAAUUUAUGCAGACGCACUUCAGUGAGAGCUGGGAAUACAGAUGGAACGCCGCGCUGGGCACAAUUCUCCUCAUUCCGGCCAUCAUAUCGAAUUUCUUCUUCCUGGGCAACUUCAAUGUGGGCAUAAUCUUCAUCCGGAGGACCUUUGGCAGCGGAUUUCUCCACUAUGCGUGCGUCUUCGGUGGCGCAAUCUGCAUGUUCUUCACGUCUGAGUUCAUCAAGCGCCACGAGAAAGAGCGCCAACAGGGAGAUUCUGACAAAAUGUACAUCAUGCGUGAAGUCAAGAGAUCUGAAUAAAGU